CGUUCACGGAACGUGUGCUUGGCUCGCCAGCUGAAAACUACAAAAGCUACGUGGAGGCUGACCUCACUCAGAGAGCGAGACUAGUGCCAAGCCACAGUUUAUUUCUACUGCAUGGCAUGGCUGACCUCACAGCACCUUAUACACACGGUGUAGCCUUUGCUAAAUCUCUUACAGAGUCCGGCGUCAUAUUUAGAUAUCAGAGCUACGCGGAUGAAGAUCACGCUCUUACUGGUGUGCUAGAGCACGCCUAUCGUUCCAUGGAGGGCUUCCUCGCAGAGUGCCUCGCCCUGGACCCCUCCUAGUGCCUGAGACCGACUAUCUUCCUCAUUGCCAGCCAACUUACCAAGGUGGCCAGCAAAAUUGUAGCUCACAGUAGGCUGAGCAAUACCCAUAACCUAGCCGGAAUACUAUCAAAAGCCUCUGAUCAUCAUAUUCUGACACUAAAAGAUGAAAUCAACUUUCCAUCUUCCUUUUUCCUUCUUUAUAUCUAUCUUCUUUA